GAUAUGACGGUAGAGCGUUGAUGAAACGUAGGAAGUAGGUCGAGUUCCUGUGGUCUGCAUUGCUGCUGUGAAACGUUGUUUCUCCCGCCUUUGGAUGAUAUAGUAUUCGGAAAGGUGAAAUGUCGUAUUAUUCCAGAAGCUCUUCACGGACUGCAGAUUGCAAGUUAUAUGUUGGAGACCUUGGUACAGGAGCUGCCAAGGGGGAGCUAGAAAGGGCGUUCAGCUAUUAUGGACCUCUGAGAAGUGUGUGGGUUGCACGUAACCCACCUGGUUUUGCCUUUGUUGAAUAUGAAGAUCCAAGAGAUGCUGAAGAUGCCGUGCGGGGAAUGGAUGGCAAGGUAAUCUGUGGCUCCAGAGUUAGAGUUGAACUUUCUAAUGGGAUGAGUCGCAGGUCUCGGUUUGGUCGUGGCCCAGGCAGGCGCAGAUUUGAUCCACAAGAUCGCUGUUACCAGUGUGGUGAGCGGGGUCACUAUGCAUAUGAUUGCUACCGCUACAGCAAGAGGAGACGCUCCAGCCGAUCUAGGUCAAGAAGUCGAUCUCGUGGGCGUCGUUACUCAAGAUCUAGGAGCCGCAGUCGUGACCGCAGAUCCCGUUCUCCUUCCUAUAAUUCCUACAACAAAGAAGCAGAUCUGCAUCUCCAGCACGAUCAAGAACACCAGCACGGAGGUCUGCAUCUCCGGCAAGAUCACGGUCAAGAACUCCUGCACGGAGCAGUCAUUCAAGAUCCCGAUCGAGGUCUCCAUCUAAACAAGCAAGCCGUUCACCAAGCCCCCAGAAAAGUCCAAGUCCAAAUCAAGAGGAAUAAUGCAGAAAAUAUGAAGGAAUUUACUACUGUUAACUUUUUAGAUGACCUUGAUGUUGGUGCCUUUUCUGUGCAUGCAUUCCAAAGCUCUGCAGAAAAGCCCACUGUUCUAAAUUUUCCUGAAUGUUUCUGGUCUAGAAAACCUAGCCCAGUCUGUAAAUUUAUUUUUUUUAUUUUGUAUGCGUGAAAAUAAGAUUAUUGGUUUUGUUCUUUGUUUUGUUAGUCUGACAUUUUCUGAUGGCCGUGGCUUUGUUACCUUUGAGGCUUUUACUUUGCCGGAACGCAGUACUGUAAUAGGCAGCCAUUGUACAUUUUUACCUGUAGAUACAGUUUUAAAUAAAUUUUAUGUAAAUUUUGAAUUGUGUGUAACCACAGACCUUUUAAACGUAAUGUAGAGGUCAUUCCUAGCGUGGAGUUGUACACCUCAUUUGUUUUCUUCACUCUUUUGCAUCUCGAGGAGAACUUUAAGUUAAUAGGCGUAAGCGAGCUAUUUAAACACUGAUAGCAGAUGUUCAAGUGGUAAAGCAUUUGCAAACUAUACUUAACAUACUAUUUAGCAAAUGGAUGUUAGGCAUACAAAACAGUGCCACAGUAACACGAGUGCAGAGUUUGUCUGCCUUUUGUGCUUGUUUGUAAAAGAAGUGUGUAUGUAUAGUUCUGGUGAAGUAUGCUGUUAAUUCUGUGAUCAUGUGACUUAAAUAGUCAUUGUCUUGGGUAUUUUCCUGCAUUUGGUAUCAGUAUCCAUAUCACUUUUGAAGCUUUUUGUCCAAAGAGAUUUUUCCUAAUGCUUCAUUUGUGAGCAUGCAUAUCCUUAAAGGAAUGCUUCUGUAGCUGAUCACCUAUGGGGCUAAAUUGUCAGACAUUUGGAUCCUUAGUAUUGUAAUAAACAGCCUGAGAAGACCAAGUACUGAAAAUAAACAUCACAUGAUAAGGUU